CGGACGAGCAGGGCGGGAGGAGGCUCGAUCGCACUUCAGCAAAUCUGGCUGAAUUUGGACCGAAUGUUGGGAAUCCUCGACGCGGGACGCCCCUGAUCACGACUUGCGUGGACGAAAACAGCAUUCGUGCAAGUUUCGUGUCCGGUUGGAGUCGUCGCGUGCACCUUGAAGCUUCUCGGCCUAGCCUAGCUUAGCUUGCUAACAAAGAGAAGCGUUUGUGAAGCAGAGAUCAAGCUGGAGCGCCAAACCAGACUGUGACGGAAGAACACAGGACCGAUUCGAUGACCGCUGUGUAGAAGUGUCUCAGCGGCUCCGGUGGCAGGCCGUGCUUUCUCAGAAGCCGCAGGAAGAACUUGAAGGUCUCGACGGUUGACAGAAGGCAGCUGGACAACGUGAGGGGCAGCCGUGGCGAAGGAUGCCCCCUGAAGUCCACGAUCAUCUCUCAAUAAACGUGUUUUUUUUUCCAAAAAAACAUGGUUUAAACAAAAAUUCGAUCAGCUUUGUUUGUCUGAGUGCUGCGAUCGUCGUGGCAAAAUGCGUGCGAGGAGGACAGCGGAGCACGACGAGGAACUUUGGGGCCCGAAAGAGGAGAAGGAGCCACGAGGUCAACGACCGGACGCCGCGUUCGAUCUGCGGCCUCCGACUGUGCCACGCGGCGCAGACGUCAGUCAAGAUCUUCGUCCUGAGUGGCUGAAGCCAGACUCCCCUCACAUGAAAGAGGAAGAGGAGGACGAAGCAGUUCAUCACAUUAAAAACAUAGAAGAGCUGGAGCCCCACCACAUCAAAGUGGAGGAGGAAGAGUUCCCACGUUUUAAACAGGAAGAGCAGGAGGAAAUCAUUCAAGUUCAUUUGACUGGUGUCUCUUUGAAGAGUGGAGAUGAAGGUCAAAGUGAGGAGAACAGAUGGACGAAGCCUUCAAGCAGGAGCUCAAGUCACAUGACAACAGAACGUGAUGGAGACCACUGUGGAGGAUCGCCAUCAGACGGCCUUUUAGCUCCACUGUCAGAUAGUGAUGACAUGACGUCACACUCUCCUCACACUGAUGACGAUGAUGAUGACGAUGAUGAUAACGAUAAUAAACAGUCUGAAGGUGGUAAGACAUCUCCCACUGACAGCAAUCGAUGGAAAUGUUCUCAGUGUGGGAAAACCUUUCCUUAUAAGGGAAAGUUGAAACAACACAUGAGAACACACACUGGAGAGAAACCUUUUGCCUGCAUAGUUUGUGGCCAAAGAUUCUCUCAGAAGGUUAGCUUAAGUCGUCAUACACGAACACACACUGGAGAGAAACCUUUCGCCUGCUCAGUUUGUGGCCAGAAAUUCUCUAAUAAGGGAAACAUGACAAGACACACAAGAACCCACACUGUCAAGAAAUGUUUUACCUGCUCAGUUUGCGGUCAAAGAUUCACCAAGAAGGGCAACUUGACAAGUCACACAAGGACCCACAAUGGUGAGAAACCUUUUGCCUGCUCACUUUGCGGUCAACGAUUCUCUGUGAAGGGAACCUUAAAGAAACACACGAAAACCCACACUGGUGAGAAACCUUUUUCCUGCUCAGUUUGUGGCCAAAGAUUCUCGCAGAAGGACACGUUAAAACACCACACAAGAACACACACCGGGGAGAAGCCUUUUUCCUGCUUAGUUUGUGGUAAAAGAUUUUUUGCUAAGGGAGACUUAAAAAGACACACAAGAACACACACUGGUGAGAAACCAUUUUCCUGCGAAGUUUGCGGUCAAAGAUUCUCUCAGAAGGGAACCCUGAAAAAUCAUAUAAGAACACACACUGGUGAGAAGCCAUUUAGCUGCACAGAAUGCGGUCAAACGUUCUCUCGGCACCACUAUGUUAAGAAACACAAGUGUGUUGGUCAGAACGGCAGAGACCAAUUAAAUGUUCGCCUCUCAUCUGAGCAGGCUUCGUCAGUUCAUACACCAAGAAUGAUUGUAUUUUAUGUACCGUCUUAAAUGACCUCGUUAAUGGUCAGAACAUUGGGGCUUAUUCCAUAGUUCUGGACUUAAAAAUGUCUGCGUAAUAAAUUCCCCUCAAAAUUGACUCAGUACAUCAGGACACUUCCUCAUUGAACUUCCACGUAUUCUGUGGUGUAAUUGUAGCCUAUAUUGAAAUUCUGGAUGUUUUUUUUUUUUUUAAUAAAACUUGGUUGUUUUAAAAAGAAAACAAAAAUCCAAAUGCCUCUUUUCGGAAAGAUAAAUAGCCACGUCACUGCCACCCAGGAAAUGCGUUAUGUCCCAGAACUGUGGCCCAUCUUCUAUGUACCGUAUGAGUCCCACUUAGACCUCUGAAAAUAUCAGAGCAAUCGGCUUGGUAUGUAUAAAUGAAUGAACCAAAACGUCUUCCUCUCCCUUAUUUGCAUGAGGCUUACGAGGAUGGAUUUGCCCCUCGCCCGCUGUGUUUGCAUCAUUUUCAUCAAGACGCCCUAAUAUAUGAGCAAUGUUUCAGCCUAUUAAAUAAGCGAUUGUCGAUUGAACAUAAUUUUGGGGUGCUCGCUGUUGUUCACAUGAUGGUAUGACAAUGCAAUGAUAUAUGACAACAACGUAAGGUAUACCAACUUGAACAAAUCCGCUGUUUAGAAACUAAAGCAAGCUGUCUUUUUUUAUAAUUGUUAUUUCCUGAAAAGUUUGCAUUUAGGAGGUGAGGGGAUUCCACUCCACAGCUACGUUAUAUAAAACAUGAGUGCAUACUGCCACUUCAGGUGUGACACAAUGACUUUCGAAUGGUUAACAUUUUACCAUUAUUCACAUUUUUGGAAACUCUGAUGUUUUGGGGGUUUCAUUAUCUGUAAGACAAUCGUGCAUUUUUCAAAAACGGAAAGUAUUUCACGAUGUGAAUUUUGUUUUUUUAUAAUAUGCGGGUUUCACUUGUGUGAUAAAAAAAAUAUUGAACGAUUUCAUGAUACUUUGUUUUUUUUAAAUGUUUUUGUAAGACCCCAAAGGUCUCAAUGAAUCAUCUCAAUGGUCAUUGCAGCGGACUAUUAUUGCUAUAUUAGUCAUUCAAACUGCUCGAAGUGCUCGAGGACUCUGCAUCUUUUUUGCACAAUUGUCAAAAAAAUAAACAUAAAUAAUGUACCGGCCUUACCAGAUUACUAGCAACCUUUUAUUGCUCAGUGACUGUUUUUUUUUUUUUUGUGUCAAUGUCUUUAUGUCUCCAAAGUGUUCUCUGUCAAUUGACUGUUUUUUUGUCGUACUUGAGCGGCUCCAACUUCCGGGGACAAAUUCCUU